AGUCAGGCAAGAAGGGAGAGAGAGGGAAAGUCGCAACAUCAUCAAUACGACAAUCAUGACUUUAUCCACAAUGUUCAUAGAUUCUUACUCAUUCAUGAGCAUUAGAUUUAUACGCUGAAUGUUACCGUAGGAUUAUGUUAAAAUUUUUUCCAUGACGGGUGUUUGUGUUAUUAGGCAAGUUCCAUGAGAUCUAGGAGAAAAUGAAAGGAAGCCUGAUUGCUCCCUGUCACGUGGCUUCCGAGGAUCUUAACAAUCAAUAUAUUAAUACACCGCUAAUCUGGUCUGGUGUUGCCGGGUCACACAUACCUCUCUGAAAUAUUUGAUUGAACCAGUGAGAUAGUGUCUUACUGAUGCAAUCUCAUAGGAAGAAAGAAAGUCAGGAGAUUUCCUACUAGGAGCCUGUGUUUUCGUUUAUUUUUUUUGUAAUUCUUUAAGCCCCUUUCUGUUGUUUUCUUACAGUCUCUUCCGCGCUAUUUCAUCGAUGAAAUCGUACUAAUCCGACUGAAUUUGCUGUGUAUUGAUUUCCGAGUAUUUGCUUAUUUCAAAUCGGACUUUUUUUUUGUUCUUCUUCGAUUCUGGGCUUGAAGGGAACAUUUGUGGUUUAUAUUAUGAGGAAAAGGGAGAGGGAAAAUCCUUGUGGGGUAUGCGGCCACUAUCAUAAAUACGAAGAAGGGGAAGUUUGUUCGAUUUGCGGCCACCGCAUUCCGGCUGCAUCGGAGAAAACUUCAAUCCGAGUCAGCGCCUUCCCCUCCGUGAUUUUGCCAGAAUUCCUUUACUUGGGCAGUUAUGAUAACGCAUCACGUUCGGAGCUUCUCAAGACUCAGGGAAUCUCUCGAAUCCUCAAUACGGUUCCUUCUUGUCAAAAUCUCUACAGAAACUCAUUUACCUACCACUGUCUCCCAGAUGACAAAACUUUGCCUUUUGAUGAAGCGAUUCAGUUUCUAGAGCAAUGUGAGAAGGACAAGGCCCGCGUUUUGGUUCAUUGCAUGUCAGGGAAGAAUAGGUCCCCAGCUAUUGUGAUUGCUUACCUGAUGAAGUCCAGGGGAUGGAGACUCAGCCAGAGCUACCAGUGGGUAAAAGAGAGGAGACCUUCUGUGGAAUUAUCUGAAGGUGUUUCCCAGCAACUGCAAGAGUAUGAGCGCAAGAUCUAUGGAGCGGUUGACCCUGGCGGCUCUCCUUUGUUUGGAUUCUCAACUCCAGCACCUCCUCCUAUUAGCUUUGGCUACCCAAGAGUUAAUGAUCCAGCAGCUCCUCUUCCUGCCUUUAGCAAUCCUGGCGCUACCUCAGUCUUUGCCCAAGCUCCCUUAGACGUGCCCCCGACUGACUUUACUUUUGGAGCCGGUCAGACUCAAAACAGUGUAAUUGGGAGCCCAUUCAACGCCAAUCCACCAAAUCGAACUGGCAGUGAUGCCCAGAUGGAUGGUUCUUGAUUCCGGCUAGAAUAAUUCACGAUGACCAGUACGGCAACUCUGAUGAGCUUUAUUAUCUGGAGCAUAGAGAGUGGUGAGGGUAAAAUGCUCAUACAUUGUAGCUUCUAAGACUUGGCUGGUGCUAAAUUUAUAGACUAAGGUAAAGUUUUUUACGUGUUUGUUAUCAAGUUUUUCAAUAAAAAUUUGACAUGUAAAGGAAAUCUGUUGAAAGAUCCAGUUAUGCAGUGUUGAGUUAUUAGAAACAUACACUUGUCAUAUUUUCAUUGUAUAACUUGAUAACAAUCACAUAAAAGUUGUACCCCGAGUUUAGGAUGCUGUCCUGCAAGCUGCCUUGCUUCAAAUCGAGAUGCGAAUGAUCACAAGUGACUGAUAGAUACUAUACAAGUUCAUUCUCUCUUAUUUAUUUUCGACUCAUUUCAUAGUUUCCUGGUUGUAGUAAUGAAUUACAGCUGAUUUGCUGGCCUGAUGUGCCUGCUCUUCUGCAGAGCCGCACUUGGAUUUUCCGGUUGUUAGACAUUACAAGCGGAAUUGUACAAGAUGAAAUAGGUUACGGUACUCUUUAUCUACGCAUUCGGUAUUGUGUUA